CAUGCUACAUCGGACUGAGUCACCAGAGACUUCAAACUCCUGGAUGGAGUUCCUUCUCGCCUCCUACACCUCGCUUAUGAUGUUUUGUUGUCUUCAUCCUCGUACCUCCCGUGUACCCGUGUACUCUUCCCGUGUACUCUUAUGCUAAUUCAGGCUGGCCGAGGUGUCAUUUCGCCGUUCCUUGGCCCUGUGGGUCGUGAUCAACCAUUGUCGGUCGGUCGGUGGGCAGCUAGCCGAGUUCAAAGCAUCAUCAUCAUCAUCAUCAUCAUCUAACGGGAGGGGCAAGAUUCCUCGGAACGUCCAUCUACUGGCUGACUCAAGGUCAGCUCAGCUUUAGCUCUUCUUCUUAUCAUCAACAUUCAGCAGUAGGGGCACUAGCACCAGCAUUUUGAGCAACAACAACAACAACAACAACCAUUAGCGUUCGAAACUUACGUGGGUGGAACUUCAUUGCCAGCCUCUCCGCCCCACCUCUACCUCUGCCUCUGCCUCUGCCUCGCGGUAAAGAAUGAUGACCAACUCUUCGCCCACUUCCGAUUUGGACUCGUUACUCCAAGAUCUGGAGCGCACUUGCCAAGCUCGACACCACCCUGAGGAACUGGCCCAAGAACCAGGCAAGUCCGGAGGCCGUCUUCCAUAUAGGUCGCCUCUUUCAUCUAAUUCUAGCAGUGGCUUACCUGUCGUGUCUGCCGAUGGCUAUGCCGUGGUUCAAGACAGUCUCCGGAAAGAUGUGAUUCGAGAGUUGGAAUCGACCUCCACACUCAUUAAAAAAAGACAAUUUGAGGACAACAUCCUAACUGAAAAGUCGAAUUUAGAUCAGAGCAAGUGGGAAUAUGUGGGUUAUGGCAUUUGGGAAGACUCUCAAUCCACGUCCCCCGGUCCGGAGGAGUACGUGCUGCCUAUUCAAGAAACCUCGAAAAGUCAGGCUGUUUUGAACCGGCAUGUGGAGAUUUCGACCACGGGCAAGUCCUUCUCCAGUGGGAUCACCACCAAGACCCUGGACCGCUCGAUCAGUUCGUCUUCCACCUCCAACGAUAACGGUCAUGGGGCAGCCGCCCAUCAGACCGUUACGGCGGCUUCCAGUGCCACCAAGGAACUGGAUGAUCUCAUGAAUUCAUUGGGCAGGGUUGAAUCCAAGACUACCCCUCAUCCUCGACUCUUGGACGAAAUGCUGGAUAACCUGCACAUUGACAUGAACACACAAGGGGUGACUUCUUCUCCCAAGGGCGUCUGCUAUAAAUGUACUAAGCCCAUUUUAGGUCAAGUGGUCACGGCACUUGGGCGGCCAUGGCAUCCGGAGCAUUUCACCUGUUUCCAUUGUGACAAAGCUUUGGGAUUGGAGACCUAUUUUGAAAGAGAUAGUCAAGCCUAUUGUGAGAUCGAUUACCAUGCUUUGUUCUCGCCCCGAUGUGCCAAUUGCAAGAAAGCCAUUCUGAACAAGUGUGUGUCGGCUUUGGACCAAACGUGGCACCCCGAAUGCUUCGCUUGUUCUUCCUGCCAUAAACCGUUUGGUGACGAUUGCUACCACGAAAAAAAUGGACAGCCAUUCUGUCAAACGUGCUUUCAAGGCCGAUUUCUGCCAAAGUGCGGCAAGUGUGUCCAACCGAUCGAGGACAACUUCAUCUCGUCCUUGGAUCAGCAUUGGCACAUGGAUUGUUUCGUGUGUGAAGAAUGCUCCACUCCGUUCCUAAAUGGAAACUACUUUGAACACAAUGGCAAGCCUUAUUGCGAGACCCAUUACCAUUCCUUACGAGGUUCGUUGUGCGCCGGAUGCCACAAGGCCAUUUCUGGCCGUUGCAUCACGGCCAUGUUCAAGAAGUACCAUCCCGAGCAUUUUGUGUGUUCUUUCUGCUUGAAACAGUUGAAUAGGGGGACGUUCAAGGAAAGUAACGAACGUCCUUAUUGCCAUGAAUGCCAUGGCAGAUUAUUCGGCUGAUGAUUGGAACACACCGUAGUUGAUCUCCUUUAUUGGAUUACGAGUGUGGCCAAGAUCGUAACAUAUUUUAUUUAUGCCUUUUGAUACUGCAGUAAGCGAACUAUCAAAUACAUUUGAUGAACCAUA